AUGACAAAGGGUCAGUGCGACCCCCGACUGGCCGCAGCGGGUCUCGAACCCACAGUCUCCCUAGCGAGGGAGCGGCGCCCUCCCUGUUGCGCCACCGCGAGGGGGCGUCGUACGCAUGCGCAGGGCCGGGCUGGGGGGCACUGGGAUGGGAGUUGGACCCUCCCCGACCCCGUGUCCCCCCCGUUCCCAGGGAACUACCGGACACAGCUGUGGGACAAACAGUCCGAGUCGUUCCUGCCCUCCACUCCCGGGCUGGGCAUGCACGUGGAGGUCAAGGACCCUGACGGAAAGGUGGUGCUGUCCCGCCAGUACGGCUCCGAGGGUCGCUUCACCUUCACAUCCCACACGCCGGGGGAGCACCAGAUCUGCCUGCACUCCAACUCCACCCGCAUGGCCCUGUUCGCUGGGGGCAAACUGCGGGUACACCUGGACAUCCAGGUGGGUGAACACACCAACAACUACCCCGAGAUCGCGGCCAAGGACAAGCUGACAGAGCUGCAGCUCCGGGCACGGCAGCUCCUGGACCAGGUGGAGCAGAUCCAGAAGGAGCAGAACUACCAGAGGUACCGGGAGGAGCGGUUCCGCAUGACGAGCGAGAGCACCAACCAGAGGGUGCUCUGGUGGUCCAUCGCCCAGACCAUCAUCCUCAUCCUCACCGGCAUCUGGCAGAUGAGGCACCUCAAGAGCUUCUUUGAGGCCAAGAAGUUGGUGUAGCCACCCCAAACCCCUGAGAGGCUCCCCCAAAUCACCCAACACGCCCCAAAGGGGGGAUCCAACUCGCCCCAGGGGACUCCCACAGACCUGGGGAGGGACCUUUGCUGCCUGCUGGGACCCUGGGGAUGGUGGGCAGGUUUGGGGGGGCCCUGCCUGCCAUCUGGGAGGGGGGAACCCCCCCCUACUUUGGGGAAAAUAAAGAUUUUAUUGGGGAAAAUAAAAGGGUUUUUUGUUUCAA